GUUGUGUACAUGUGAAUAUUUUUAGAAAUGUGUUCAUGGCUACACGUCUAAAUUGUUCAGUUCAGCUUGCAUCAGUCGUAUCGCAGUUCUCGAGUGUAAUGUGUCGGUUUAUUAUCAAUAUAACGUAAACUUUCAACACGAUAUUAUGACACGUAUAAUAUUAGUGAUUUUAUUUGCCACUUUUGUCCAAUGGGCUUAUUCAGCAAGAAUUCUCACUGUUAUACCAUCACCUUCAUAUAGUCAUCAAAUAUUCUUUAGACCUCUAUGGAGGGAACUCGCCGAUAGAGGUCAUGACUUGGUGGUAAUUACAACGGACCCUACCAAUGACAACUAUCCAAACAUAAAAGAAAUUAGCACUAAAGAGACCUACAUUCCAAUGAAACAAAUUAUCAACAUGAUGGUGAAUUCAUCUGUAUUUGAUAUUCUCCUAAAGAAUAAAUGGCGUGACCUCUCCCUGGAUCUAUAUUAUACUUUCUUCAAUAUACCAGCUAUACAAGAACUCAUCAAUAACAAAACAGAGCAUUUUGAUUUAUUGAUAAUUGAACAUUACAUGUCUCCAAUGUUUGGAUUCAAACAUCGGUUUAAUUGUUCCAUGAUUGGUGUAUCAUCAAUGGAUUCACUUCCAUUAUCACAUAGUGUUAUGGGAAACCCAACUCAUAGUGUGUUGUAUCCGGCAUCUAUGUUUCCAUAUCAGGAAAAUUUAUCGUUUUUGGAACGACUGGCAGUUGUGGUUUUUGGAAACAUAUUCAACUAUCUGAUUAAUAAUAUUCUAGGUGAUUUGAAUCAAAUAGGAAGGGACAACUUUGGUCAAGAUAUGCCUUCACUUCAAGAUAUUUUUGAAGACACUGACAUGUUGUUUGUGAAUGCUAAUCCUGUUUUCAAUGCAGUAAGACCACAUACACCUAGUACUAUUUCAAUCGCCGGAGGAAUGCACAUUAGUGUACCAAAGCCAUUACCAGAAGUAAUUUUAGUCAUUUUAAAUUUAAUUUAAUUUAAAUUUAACGAA